AUGGAGCGCCGAUUCACCUCCCGAAAUGUGUGUCUGGACUGGAUUGAGAACUCCGAAAGCGAAAAGAGCAAAAUCUCAUCCUCAAUCCAAGAGAAAUAUGAGCGCCUCAGACUCCAAUACGAGGCUGAUCUACGUAAAAACUGGGUCGAACAACUCGAAUCUCCAAACCAAGUCCUCGAACAGCUCUCGCUCGCCGCAUGUCUGAUCGAGCUAUGGAAGAGCAUGUACAAAACCGAAAGCGGGAACGAGUCUCAAUCCACAGUUCCAAAGUUUGUGGACAUCGCCUGUGGAAAUGGGAUUCUGGUCUACGUGCUCCGUAUGGAAGGAUACGAAGGCUCGGGCUAUGAUGCAUCUCGUCGCAAGUCCUGGAGCACAUUCCCUCCAUGCAUUCAAUCCUGUUUACACGAGAAAGUCAUCAUUCCCAAGCCUUUUCUGGAUAUACUUGGCCCGCUGGAGAUCGACAUCGGGAUAGAGUCAGGUCUUUUCCCCGAGAAUACCUUCAUCAUAUCAGACCAUGCGGACGAGUUGACUGUUUGGACACCGAUUCUGGCUGCGUUGGCCAACCCAUGCUCGCCAUUGCCUUUUAUGGUCGUUCCGUGCUGCUCUCGCUCACUUGCGGGCUCCUAUUUUCGGUACCCUCCUGGCGGCGCUGGGCAGGGCUAUGGCGAUAGCACCCCUGGUCUGCAUGGACACUCGUGCAAUGGGAUAUCGCAGCCUUGCUCUGGUGAUCUGCGGGCUCUCCGGGCGGCUAAGAUGAAUGAAAAGACUGAAAAUGGGUUCCAGAGCUCCAUGGCUGGGUCACUUGCGGCGAAGACAGCCUCUAUUGCCGAGGAAAUCGACUUUGGCGUGGAAAAGGCGUGGCUUCGCACACCCGGUGCGGUCAAUAUGGCUCUGAUCGGGGGACGGAACGAGAACAGUAAUCGGCUAAAGUCUGGUGAACCUGUGACAGAUGAGGAACUCACUGCUGCGCGUCUGAAGAUCAUGGAAGUUGUUGAACGUGAAUGUUUGCAGGAUGGAGGAAUCCAGGCAGCUGCUCAGCUCUGGAUUGACCGGCUAGAGACUCUGCGCCAUGCGAACCAAACCCAGCAUCAGCCUUAUUGA